UGACAACCUUGAUUUAUAAAGACCGAGAUGUAACAUACCUGAUCACAGCCAGAUCAGGAACCAUGAAGGCCCUUAUAUUUUUGGGAUUGGUAGCAGUGGCUCUCUGUGAGCCAAUCCGCUAUGAUGGGGAUAAAGUUUUCCGUCUGCUGCCUAAGACCAAUGAACAUGUGGUAUUCAUCCAGGAGCUGGCCAACAGCAUGAAUAUUGACUUCUGGAGUCCUGACAGCGCUGGCCUGGUGGUGGUUAACUCUGAUGUCGAUAUUCAUAUUCCAGCUUCUCACAAUGACAUGGUUUUAGUACAGCUGCAGCAGAGUGGAAUGCAAUAUGAGGUGCUGAUUGAGGAUCUGCAAAGUGCUGUUUAUGGUCAGAUGAAAAGUGGGAUUCAGCCCAGAGCCCAUGACUACACCAAGUACAACAACUGGGCCACGAUUGAGGGCUGGAUCACCUCUAUAACCUCAGCCAACUCUGCUCUGAUCAGCAAGAUGGUGAUCGGGAACACAUAUGAGGGACGAGCCAUGCACCUGCUCAAGAUCGGAAAGAAUACUGGCUCCACCAAGCCUGCCAUCUUCAUGGACUGUGGUAUCCACGCCAGAGAGUGGAUCUCCCCUGCUUUCUGCCAGUGGUUUGUCAAGGAGGCUGUGUCCACCUAUGGAACAGACACUCAGAUGACCAACCUGCUGAACACAAUGGAUGUCUUUGUGCUGCCUGUGUUCAACAUCGAUGGUUACGAACACACCGUCAAGAGUGACAGAAUGUGGAGGAAGACACGCUCUCGCAAGACUGGCUCCAGUUGCAUCGGUGCUGACCCCAACAGAAACUUUGAUGCUGGCUGGUGCACUUUGGGAGCAUCCAGUAACCCCUGCAGUGAUACAUACUGUGGAGCUUCUGUUGAGUCUGAGAUCGAGGUGAAGAAUGUUGCAAACUUUAUCCGGAACAACAAGUCCAUCAUUAAGGCCUACCUGACAGUCCAUUCGUACUCCCAGCUGCUCCUUUUCCCCUACUCCUACAAAUACGACCUGGCCAAGGACCACGCUGAACUGAUGAGUGUGGCACAAGGAGCCUCAGAGGCCCUGCGCAGUCUGUAUGGCACCCGCUACACCAGCGGCCCCGGCGCUACCACUAUCUACCCUGCUGCUGGUGGAUCUGAUGAUUGGGCGUAUGAUCUGGGAGUGAAGUAUUCAUACACAUUCGAGCUGCGGGACACUGGCCGCUAUGGGUUCCUGCUGCCUGAGUCUCAGAUCAAGCCCACCUGUGAGGAGACCAUGCUGGCUGUCAAAUACAUUGCCGCCCAUGUUUUGAAAAACCUUUAAAAAGGAGCAUCCUAAAAAUAAAUUCUAAAAAGCAAUAAAAAUGUAAGAAGCAUUUAACAGAUUGUUAAGAGCAUGUGUAAUAAUGAUCAGUAAGAAUAAUAAAACAUAAUGUUUAAGUCAAAA